AAAACUGUUUCAUACCAACCUCUGAGAUCAUUGCUGUAGAAGAAACUGAACUUAACAAGAAACAGCGUAAUCUUGGCAAAUGGCAGAAAAUGGCAAAGCCACAUGCUUUCACAGUGUAUUACGUGAAAAAAGCCCGAAAUCACCGCUGGCGGUGCAGUGAUGUGACGUUCUGGUGUGUUGAUGAGCACUUGUGUAAUCAGUGGAUACAGGCGCUGAAAGAAUUACUUGAAAUGCAGAAGUCUAGACCAAAGCAAUUGCUUGUGUAUAUUAAUCCAUAUGGAGGAAAAAGACAAGGGAAAAGGAUUUAUGAACAGAAAGUUGCUCCACUCUUCAGUCUGGCUUCUAUCUCCACUGAUGUUGUUAUAACUGAACAUGCUAACCAUGCUAAGGACAAUUUAUUUGAAGUUAAUAUUAGUAAAUAUGAUGGUGUUGUUUGUGUUGGUGGGGACGGCAUGUUCAGUGAAGUGAUGCAUGGUCUCAUUGGAAGGAUGCAGAAGGACUCUGGCAUAGACCAAAAUAAUCCCAAAGCACCGUUAGUCCAGUGCAAUAUAANNNAAAAUAUUUUGCCUACUGGAUCAACAGAUUGCAUAUGCUAUUCAACUGUUGGCAUUUCUGAUCCAGUAACAUCAGCUCUUCAUAUUAUUGUAGGUGACUGUCAGCCUCUGGAUGUCUCUUCUGUACAUCAUAACAACACAUUUUUGAAGUACUCUGUAUCGUUGCUGGGUUACGGUUUUUAUGGAGAUAUUCUAAAAGACAGUGAAAAGAAGCGGUGGAUGGGUCCGAUGAGAUAUGACUACUCAGGCUUCAAGACUUUUCUUUCUCAUCAUUACUAUGAAGGAACAAUUUCUUUUCAACCAGCAAAACACACAUUGGGAUCUCCACGAGAUAAAGAUAGCUGCAGAACAGGAUGUUACAUUUGCAAGAAAAGUGAGCAGCAGCUGGCAGAACAGCACAAGGAAUGUGGAUUAAAACAUGAAGAAGAUGCAGAAGAAUGGAAGGUUAUUAAAGGGAAAUUUCUAGCCAUCAAUGCAGUAAAUAUGAGCUGUGCCUGUCCACGAAGUCCAAAAGGCCUUUCACCGGCAGCUCAUUUGGCAGAUGGUUCAGCUGACCUCAUUCUAGUUCGUAAAUGCUCCAGAUUUGAUUUUCUACGGUACCUUGUCAGACAUACAAACCAAGAUGAUCAGUUUGACUUCUCAUUUGUAGAUGUUUAUCGGGUGAAGAGUUUUCAAUUUACAUCAAAGCUUUUGGAAGAUAAUGAAAGCAAUGUCACAGACAUAGGAAAGAAACAUUUUGGCCAGUUCUGCAGAGAUCAUCCAGCCUGUUGCUGUAAUAUUGCUAAUAGCACCUGGAAUUGUGAUGGAGAAACUCUGGACAGUUCAGCAAUUGAAGUGACGGUUCACUGCCAGUUGAUGAAACUAUUUGCAAGGGGAAUCGAGGAAAACUGUAAAGAUGAAGCUGCCUGCAGCCAGAGUGGCGUUGAACAAUUACUAUAGACAUUGUUCCUCCAAUGUGGAGAAGAAAAGUAAAAGCUCAAGGAUAUUGAGUAUAUAUGCAUUUUAGUCAAAUUGACAAGUAUUGUAAAAUUUUAGAUUUUUUUUUUUUGAUAGCUUCAGUAUAAUUUUAGACAUCUUAUUGCAUUGUGUAAUUUUUUUAAAAAACAUUGUAAUCACUAAAAUGUAUCUUGGAGCAAUGUAAUCUAAGUUAUGUUAGAAAAGAGAGGAUUGGCAUAUAUAUAUAUGUAUUCAAGAUGACUGGUAAAUUCUCUGUGCUUUUCUAGAGACCUAAUUUAGCAGUUGUUGCAAUAAUAUCUAAAUGUUAUAAAACAUUGGACUUUCCAUUGUCAUCAAACUAUGAUAUCAAGAUGAUAUUUUCAGUGUCUGAGAAGACAUUUUCUGCUGGGAUUGUUAUGUAUUUGCAUGUGGCUUACAUACUGGACAACAGUGUUGUCAUUCACAUCUUUUUUUUAGUAAAAUCUUUAAUUUUGUAAUUUUGACUAUACCUU